UUCACAAGCAAUGUCUCUCCAGAGCAUCACCAUGUCUUCUUCCUCUCUUCUCUCUUGGGCUCAUCCUCUGCUCCCAUUUGGUUCAAGAGUUGCAAGGACAUCAAUCAAUGGUCAUCACCAAAUAGUACACACAAACAAGCUCAUAAAUUUUGAAGGCAAUUGCUCUGAUGUAAAUUUAGGAUGUCAAGCAUUCUUCAGACGAGGAAAAUGCGAUGAUGAAGUCUCUCUUCUCAGCCGAAGAAAUGUUAUUAGUUUGAUAUUUGGGAGUUUGGCUUUUGAUUUUGGUAGUUCUCAUGUAAUUGGGGCCGGCUUACCUCCCGAAGAGAAGCCGAAAAUUUGUGAUGAUGCUUGUGAAAAGGAGCUUGAAAAUGUGCCAAUGAUGACUACAGAAUCCGGUCUGCAGUACAAGGACAUAAAAGUUGGCGAAGGCCCGAGUCCUCCUAUUGGUUUUCAAGUUGCUGCCAAUUAUGUCGCUAUGGUCCCGACCGGGCAGAUAUUUGACAGUUCUUUGGAGAAAGGACUGCCGUAUAUAUUCCGUGUUGGCUCUGGUCAGGUAAUCAAAGGACUUGAUGAGGGGAUUUUAAGCAUGAAAGUUGGAGGAAAACGUCGGUUAUAUAUACCGGGUUCUUUGGCUUUUCCGAAAGGUCUUAACUCGGCACCCGGUAGGCCGAGAGUUGCCCCAAACAGCCCGGUUACUUUCGAUGUGAGUUUGGAGUACAUACCCGGCCUUGAAGAUGAAUAGUAAAACCAUAUGUCAAUUCUUUUAUUGAAAGGGAAAUGUACAGAAAUAAUUCUCAAUUUUACAUUUCAUCUUUCAAGGACAUCAAAUAUAUGGGCAUGACUGAUUGCCUUAUUUCAAUUGAA